CACUGUGUUUGCCGCACUUGGGUGUAUAUAUGACCAAACUUCUCUCACAAAAGCAGCCACUUGUUGCUUUUAACCCGACCGGUCAGAGAUUGCAUUGUGCGUUACUGUGAGAGCGUGGGCUCCAGAGACAAACAUCUGCCUUAAAGGCACUGGAGAUAUGAACACCAUCGACGCGCAGAUCCAUAACAAUAGUAACGCUGCUGUCAUCCCUCUCCAGCAACUGCCAAAAAGCGCGCACGAGACACCGGAUAUGGCCGUGUAUUGUGACAACUUCAGUGUUUACCACCAACAGAGUCUACCUGCGGCGCAGAGACCAGCGGGCUACGGCCUGGGGGACUACGCGACCCCAAACCCAUACCUGUGGCUCAAUGGACCCAGUGUUAACUCCUCUUCGUCUUACAUACAUGGCAACAACAGCCCGUCGUUCAUCCCUCCUGCUUACGGCUCUCAGAGGCAAUAUCUCACCAACUCCUCCGGGUUCGCCGGUCCGGACUUGGGCUGGCUCUCCAUCGCGAGCCAAGAGGAACUGUUAAAGCUCGUGCGCCCGCCUUACUCGUACUCGGCUCUGAUAGCCAUGGCAAUACAGAACGCGCACGAGAAGAAGUUAACUUUGAGUCAGAUAUAUCAAUAUGUGGCGGAUAAUUUCCCGUUUUAUAAGAAGAGUAAGGCGGGAUGGCAGAACUCCAUCAGGCACAACCUUUCACUGAAUGACUGCUUUAAAAAAGUGCCGCGGGACGAAGACGACCCAGGCAAAGGAAACUACUGGACUCUAGACCCCAACUGUGAAAAGAUGUUUGACAACGGCAACUUUCGUAGAAAAAGGAAGCGCAGGUCUGACUCCAGCACAGGUGUUGCCAGCAACACAAAACCGGAGGAGGACCGACAGCUCGCAGGGAUCAAACCCACCGAAAGCCCUCACCUCACCGGACCCGCAUCUCCUGACACUGACGCGGCCACUGACAACCACAAGGGCGCGUCUCCGGCCGGCCUCGCCAGCGCUCCGUGCUUCAACAACUUCUUCAACAGUAUGUCAACCUUAAGCUCUUCUUCUACUCCGACUAGCAGACAGGGCUCUCUGGGGCUAGUAAACGAACUCUCCAGCCGAAAUAUCAGCGCCUUGAGCCCUUACCACGCCAGCUCAGCGCCUGACGCAGGUGGAGCGGGUGAGCUGCAGGACAGCGUGCAUGUCAACCGUGGAAUGUACUAUAACUCUUUUACCGGCGGCCAGAGUGCACAGUUCAACGGACACUUCUACAACAGCUUCAGCGUGAACAGUCUCAUUUACCCUCGAGACGGAACGGAGUUAAAAACCUAUGACACUUUGAAUUUCUAA